UUCUUUACAGUGAAUAUGUUAGUUAGAGGCAUAGGACGGGCUCUUUGCAAUGCCCUUCGUGUGGAGCAGAGGUGCCUUUCUUCUAAGACUGCCAGUACAAAGCUAGAAACUAAAGAAAGCAUUGAUGCUGCUCAGCUAGCAGCUCUAGAAAAAGACCUUUGUCUGCUAGUGGAUGACAAAGAUACCUUCAUAGGCACGGCCUCCAAAAAGGAUUGUCACAAGGUUAGCCCUGAUGGGAAUAUCCCACUCCAUCGUGCUUUCAGUGUAUUUCUCUUCAAUAAGAGAGGAGACAUAUUACUGCAAAGAAGAUCUAACAGCAAAGUAACAUAUCCCGACUACUAUACCAACGCAUGCUGCAGCCACCCUCUGUACAUCGAUGGGCAGCAAGAAAAUAUGGUGACUGCUGCGCGGCGCAGACUCAACUAUGAGCUUGGCAUCCCUCUAGAUCAGAUGAAUCCAGAAUUAUUCACGUUUCUCACCCGUAUACACUAUUACGACUCCGGCGACGGCGUAUGGGGCGAGCACGAAAUAGACCACAUCUACGUGUUGCAGGCCGAUGUUAAGAUCAAACCUAACUCGAAUGAGAUUUCCGAGUACGCUUUUGUGCCUAAGAAUGAAUUUAACGCGUUCCUCCCGACCCUGGAAGGUCCGCUCACGCCCUGGUUCAACAUGGUGCGCAGACACCGCCUUAAGCUGUGGUGGGACAACUUACACCGCCUCAAAGAGGUGGCCGAGCCGGACAAGAUACACAAAUUCAAGGAAGAGAAAUAACCUUAAUGCAGAUACAUUAAAAUUAAUGUCAUAAGAACGCAGAUCUGGUGAAGUUGUAUAGUAAUUAUGUACAUUAUUGUAAUAUAUGUUGUACAUACAGAAGAAAUAUUGGAAUUUUGGGCAUUUGAAUCUGAUUCAAUACCUAUACAUAUUAUGUAAUUGCCCUAUAUAAAGUUUGCGCCAAACUGACUGAAAUUCAACCGCGUAACUUCGGCGCCUUCAAAUAGUUUUCUCUCAAAGGUCACCAUCCAAUUAUUCAAAGAUAAUUAUUUUGUCGUGGAGUUAACACUGCAUUUUGAUACGUGCAGCACUUUACUUAUUUUUACAAAUGUGUAAAAUAUAUGAGUACGUUAGUUGAUAUACAAUUAUAGUUUCAAAUACAACAAAAUAAAAGUAUGGAAUGUUUUUUGUCAAAGAACAGCACGUCUAAGAAAUAUUCCGACUACUUUUCGUCUACUACGCAUUGACAUUUUUUUUCCUUUGUUUAAACAUCAAUAUUUAAAUAAUUAAUAAAAUGUAUCGAGAGCUUUUUAGAAUGUAGCGAAACACCCAAUUCAUUCAAAACAGAAAUCGUAUACUUGCUCAAUGUUGUCACGUGAUUAAUUUAUCAAACUGAAAGCUCCCUAAGACUUAUAAUAAGUCUUAUAAUAAAAUUUAACACACUCAUAUAUAUCUGUGUAAUAAGCAGAGAUUUAGCUAAACUUCAAGUAGUACACAACUGAUAAUACCUCCAGAAAUUCCGGAAUGUAUAAAAUCAACAGCAAAGAAUUAAAACACAAUAUUUAUAAUUUUUUAAGCGUAGUGAGCGAAGCUUCCUUGACAUCCACUCAAAUUGCAUAAUUUCUGAACGAAAUUACUCAACAGUUCCUCAAUUUUGAAUUUCAGUCUGUGAGUUGAAAUAAUAUUAAGAUCAAAGGUCACCACAUUAAGUACAUAUACGGGGAAAAUAUUAACAAUUUAAAAUAUUAAUACUUUUAUUUGCGGAGAAUAAUUAGUAAUUUGUGAUAGCCGACACGAAACCGGAACAGCAACAGGGACCACCUCAUACCCUUUCAAACAAAAAAAGAAUUUU